AUGGAGGCGCGGGUCGGAGGGAGACUGCUGUGGCUGGCCGCGCUGUCCGGCUUCCUUUGCAUUGACACGGCGCUCGGGAAAUACGUUAAAGGCGUCGUGGACACUAAAGAGGACUGGAUUUUCCUCACUCGCUUUUGCUUCCUCACCGACUUUGGACGCCUGGACUUUCGAUUCCGUUACCCUAAGUCUCGCUGCUGUCAGAACAUAUUACUCUACUUUGACGAUGCUUCUCAGUGGCCAGCUGUGUACAAGAGGCCUGAAAAGAACUGCGACCAGAAGGAGGCGGUGCUGAGGCCUGAGAACAACCAGGUCAUCAAUCUCACCACUCGCUACACGUGGUCGGGAUGUGUGGUGGAGGGCGAGGGUGACGACGAGGUGCUGAGUUGCGUGGGCGGCCGCAGUUUCCGCUCAGUGAGGGAGAGGUGGUGGUACAUCGCUCUCAGCAAGUGCGGAGGUGAUGGCCUUCAACUGGAGUAUGAAAUGAAGCUGACCAACGGACAGUCUUUCUGGACGCAGCACUUUUCGGCUGACGAGUUUGGGAUCUUGGAGACAGACAUUACAUUUCUGGUCAUUUUCUCUAUGGUGUUCCUGCUCUCCUGCUACUUCGCCUACAAUCUGAAGGGGAGACAGCUUCUUCACACCACCUACAAAAUGUUUAUGACGGCCGCAGGUGUUGAGGUGCUCAGCUUGCUGUUCCACUGCAUCUACUGGGGCCUGUACGCUCAGGAUGGUGUUGGCAACGGCAGCUUGAAAAUACUCGGGAAAUUACUCUUCUCCAUCAGUUUUCUGGUGUUCCUGCUUAUGCUCAUAUUGCUGGGCAAAGGUUUUACCGUCACCAGGGCAAGGAUCAGCCAUAGUGGCUCGGUGAAGCUGAGUAUCUACAUGACCGUCUACACUAUCACUUAUGUCAUCCUUUUCAUCUAUGAGGCCGAGUUCUUCGAUCCCGGUGAGGUUCUGUACGCCUACGACAGCCCGGCGGGCUACGGGCUGAUGGGCCUGCAGCUACUCGCCUACGUGUGGUUCUGCUACGCCGUGCUGGUCUCGCUCAAGCACUAUCCUGAAAAGCAGCCCUUCUACGUCCCCUUCUUCACCACCUACACGCUGUGGUUUUUCGCCGUGCCCGUGAUGGCUCUCAUCGCCAACUUCGGCAUCCCCCGUUGGGCUCGCGAGAAGAUCGUCAACGGCAUUCAGCUUGGCAUCCAUCUCUACGCUCAUAUCGUUUUCCUGGUGAUCACACGGCCAUCGGCGGCCAACAAGAACUUCCCGUACCACGUGCGCACGUCUCAAAUAGGGAUCCUGCUGUCCAGCCCCAAAGGAGGUGAGGGCGGCGAGAGCUUCCCACACCACGCGUACGGGAACGGCUCCUUCCUAGGAGACUCCCAGCCCAACUUCACUGAGCUCUUUUCCAUCCAUUCGGAUCCGGUAAAGACGGUAGAGGAAACGGUACCCCGUAAAGUCCCCGACGUGCCGAGGAACAGCGAGCAGAAGAUCAUCACCACUUCCGCCGCUGUUGACGAUCUGGCGUCAGUUUUGCCUCCGCUCCCGCCCCCUAUACCGCCACGUCCGGCCUCCGCCGCGCGUUCGACACCUCUCCCCGUGCGACUCCCGUCUUUCACCGAGUACUUCAGCAUGCAGAGUGGAGGAGGAGGGGGAUUCGGAUCAAAAGCGUGA